UCGAAAUCACAAUCGAUACGGUUCUAUCGCAUUUCACCAGUUUCCUUUUCGAACGACAGUUCUGGGAGGUUAUCUCCGACGAGCACGGCAUCGACCCGACCGGUACCUACCACGGAGACUCGGAUCUUCAAUUGGAACGGAUCAACGUGUAUUACAAUGAGGCGUCCUUUGGAAAAUACGUACCUCGAGCGAUCCUGGUCGAUCUGGAGCCAGGUACUAUGGACGCUGUUCGAUCAGGCGCAUUCGGGCAGAUCUUCCGUCCCGACAACUUCGUGUUCGGUCAAUCCGGGGCUGGGAACAACUGGGCCAAAGGUCACUACACAGAGGGCGCUGAAUUGGUCGACUCGGUUCUCGACGUGGUCCGAAAGGAGGCGGAAAGCUGUGAUUGCCUGCAAGGCUUCCAGCUGACCCACUCGCUAGGCGGCGGUACCGGUUCAGGUAUGGGCACUCUGCUCAUCUCGAAGAUUCGCGAAGAAUACCCCGACAGGAUCAUGAGCACCUUCUCUGUGGUGCCUUCACCGAAAGUAUCGGACACCGUCGUCGAACCGUACAACGCUACCCUUUCCGUUCAUCAGUUGGUUGAGAAUACCGACCAAGUGUACUGUAUCGAUAACGAGGCGCUCUACGAUAUCUGCUUCCGUACUCUAAAACUGUCCACCCCGGCGUACGGUGACUUGAAUCACCUAGUGUCCGCCACGAUGUCUGGCGUGACCACGUGUCUUCGGUUCCCUGGACAAUUGAACGCAGAUCUGAGAAAGCUUGCUGUGAAUAUGGUCCCAUUUCCACGACUGCAUUUCUUUAUGCCAGGUUUCGCCCCACUCACAUCCCGCGGUAGCCAACAAUAUAGGGCUCUGUCCGUGCCGGAACUGACGCAACAAAUCUUCGACUCAAGGAACAUGAUGGCCGCCUGCGAUCCGAAACACGGGCGCUAUCUGACGGUGGCCGUGGUGUUUCGUGGCCGAAUGUCCAUGAGGGAGGUCGACGAACAGAUGCUAAACAUCCAGAACAAGAACAGCUCGUAUUUCGUCGAGUGGAUACCGAACAACGUGAAGACAGCGGUUUGCGAUAUUCCACCGCGUGGAUUGAAGAUGUCCGCCACGUUUAUAGGGAAUUCGACUGCGAUUCAGGAACUGUUCAAACGAAUCUCGGAACAGUUCACUGCUAUGUUCAGGAGGAAAGCGUUCUUGCAUUGGUACACCGGCGAGGGUAUGGAUGAGAUGGAGUUCACCGAGGCCGAGUCGAAUAUGAACGACUUGGUCUCCGAGUAUCAGCAGUAUCAGGAAGCCACGGUGGAGGAUGAGGGAGAGUUUGACGAGGAGGAAGGCGCGGAGGAGAAGUGAACGGAUUUUUCGCAAUCUAUUCUUCUCCGUUUCGACCUUCUUCUCCACGGGGACCUCGACUCGGGAAUAUUCGAAAUUUCUUGUGCAAGGUCUUUGGAAAUAGGUUUUUCAACGGGACACGGAAUUUUCGUAAAACAAAAAAAUAUGAUUUUUUAGUAGCUUUGCAUAUCGCGACAGCGAUUAUUGCUUUUUUACCGAUCUUUUCGACACCGAGAUUUUCGAUCGAUUUUUAUAUAUACGUAACC